AUGGAAACGUCCGUGUUGUCGUCCAAAAGAGGACAAGACGAAGAGGAGGAGGGUGGAAAAUUCAGACUUUUUGACUGUGAAACGAUGGUAUUAAAAGGGGGGGACACUAAGACGGUUGCACACCCUCCUUUAACUAAAGGUGUGUGUUACGCUGAGUUGGGUGUGCGCGUCCCAAAGACCACGGGAUCAGCCUACACCUACAGCUACGUCACCGUGGGGGAGUUCGUGGCCUUCUUCAUUGGCUGGAACCUGAUUCUGGAGUAUUUGUUCGGGACGGCAGCUAGGGCCUCGGCGCUCAGCAGCAUGUUCGACUCUCUGGCCUAUCACACCAUCAGCCACUACAUGAUCACUCACCUGGGGACUCUGCGAGGCCUGGGUAAAGCACAUUUAUGA